AUGGCAUCCACAGAGGGCCUUGUGCCCAUCACCAGGAAAUUUUUGGUCUUAUUACGACAAUACCCUUUCCCCCAUUAUCUGAUGAUGUCUCUCGUCUGUGUUCGGAGAUUCGCUCUAUCAUCCCUGAUUUACUCAAGGAAUCUCCACCUUCUUCAGGUUUUUUCAUGUCUCCCUUUAUCUGGAAUUUACAUGGAUGAUGCUUGGUUUUUCAUUUGUUAUGAUGAUGAUUUCUACUUUGAGGUGCUCUCUAGAUAA